AGGCUCCAGGUCGCCACGCCGACGACCGGCGCCUCACGUCCACACCCCUGUCCCCACACCUGUCCUCUUCGUUACGUCUUGCAAGCCCCCCCCCCCCAAAUGCAUACCUCCUACCCAGUUAACUAAAAAGUCACCUUUGUCCAGCCUCGCCUUGUGCUACGUCAUAACCUCAUAAUCGCCGAGCUACGAGAAUCGCAUAAUUGUGCAACUAAAACCUUGACAUCUUCUGGAGAUUUUAGCCAGUCCCUUAUCGAAUUGGGUUUGCCAUAACAUCGAAACUCUGAUAUUGUACCUACAAAUGGAGACUAGUCAAACCUACAUUUACUAAUAACAGACUUACAAAAACCACCCUAAGGGUUAAAACUCUCCUCUUUCCUGAUUUUCAGAAAACAACAAUUUUUCGCUGUUUCCAUAAAAUGUCCGCCGCAUGCGUGAACGCGUCACGGUGUAAAAUGUUCCAACGUUUCGGCCACUAUUGCAGGUGGUCACCAUCAGGGUGUAAAAUGUUCCAACGUUUCGGCCAUGCUGCGCCCGGUCAUCAUCAGGAGGGUAAAAUUUUCCAACGUUUCAGCCCCGCCGGCAGGUGGCCGAAACGUUGGAACAUUUUACAUCCUGAUGAUGGCCAUCGGCGAUAGUGGCCGAAACGCUGGAACAUUUUACACCAUGGCGCGCUUGCACAAUCGGAAGACUUUCACUGAAACUUGCACCACUGCAGAUGUGUAUAAUACUGUUAGCAAUCGGCGAGACAGAAGCAACUCGGUGCUUUGUAAGAAAAACACCUUUCCCUCUCUUCGCUUGCGCUUCUCGACGUGUCCUGACUGCCUUUGCCUCUCUCUCCCGCUUCUUUUACCCUAUUCCCUCCAGUGACGCGCCGGUCAUCGCGAUUUACGAACGAAUGGCACAAACCUCUAGAUUCGUACCUUUUUUUUAUAACUCCGCGAGAUUGCAAAUUAACCGUUCUAAUACAGCAGUUGUGCCAAAGAGAUUAGUUACUAGCAGUGUUUAGACUGAUUAACGUUUUGUACUCCCUCUAACCCGCGUGACUAAGUUAGGAGAGAAGUAGAGAAGUGUUGAGCGGCGAGAAGAGGAGGCUAGAUGGAGCUGCGGCCGGUCGGGCGCUCGUCGUCACCCGCUGCAGCGCGAGCCUGCUGCCGCCCCCGCCUGUGUGUGUGCUGUGUCUUUCUCCUCUAUUCUCGCUCACCUCUGUUUUAUCCUUGCCCGGCCCGGGACCUGCGCCCUGCAGUACGAACCUGCCCAUCUGUAUCCGGGAUAUGGAAAGAGGCACCCCGUGGAGUGUUCCGCUGCUGGGGACUAGCUCGCUUGUGAAUGCUGAGAAUAACACGGGCCAGACGUACCACCACAUCAUCCCGUACGCGGGGCACAUGCGGCUGACGGCGGUGUCGGCGCCCACCUUCUCGACGCGCACCAGGCCCUCCGUCAUCAUGGCCGAGAUCGACCGCAUCAACCACCGCCUGCGCCCGUCUCUCGCCUACCAGCCCGCCGAGGACUUCCUCAACUCCAGAUCCAUCGUGGUCGCUGCCCUGUUUGCAGACGGCCGUCGCUUCUGGCCUGCUCUCUUGCUGACCCGCUGUAGGCAGGACAGUUUCCGUUUGUUGCAGUCGUUCGACGACGAGGCGCGCGCCAUCCGUGGCCAAGCGGCGCACCUGCUCAAGCGCAUCCACACGCCGGUGCCCAGGGCCCUGAGGCCGCUGCCCGUCAUCACCACGGGGUAUGAGUACGAGGAGCUGCCUCUGCCGCCGCGCAUCACGUCUGACAUGUACAUCCAACGGCUGCUGGGUCUGCGUGACGUGCAGCACGAAGUGCUCAGCCGCUCCUACUACAACGAGCCAGGCUCUCGCGCCAACAUCGGCAAAGGCCACCUGGCGUGCGUCACGUACGCUGGCGGGAAGGCCUUCUCCAGGCGGCGACCACUCGCUUCCCAUGAGAACAACGGGGACUACAUCAGGAACAACGUCAAGAUGCUGUCACACUACGAGAGAAUGCGCGAGGCCGCCAAGAGCCCGGUAGUCGAGGAAAAAGUGUUUCCUGGGGAAUCUCGUAUUGCCAGAGGUCCAAGACCUGUGAAUAGCGGUUACUACAGACCAACAAAUGACCCUGGUAAGGAAUAUGCAGAGGCACUGGCAUCUGCAGCGAUAGCCACAGCAAAUUUCAACAUGCACACAGCUGCCCUAGAGGAGAAUCGCAAAAACAAGCAAAAGAGAGAAGAUGCACGACUUGCAUCUGCUGCUGAAGAACGAGAUAAGGAAGAUGAAUCAGCUACUGAUGGUGAAUCACAAUCUGAGCAAGUACAAAAGAAGCUGGAGGAAGAAGUAAAGAGGAAGGCAGAAGAGGAGGCCAAGAGGAAAGUAGAAGAGGAGGCCAAGAGGAAAGCAGAAGAAGAAGCCAAGAAGAAGGCAGAAGAGGAAGCCAAGAAGAAGGCAGAAGAGGAAGCCAAGAAGAAGGCAGAGGAGGAAGCUAAAAAGAAGGCAGAAGAAGAAGCAAAGAAAAAGGCAGAAGAGGAAGCCAAGAGAAAAGCAGAAGAAGAAGCUAAAAAGAAGGCAGAAGAGGAAGCCAAGAGAAAAGCAGAAGAGGAGGAAGCAAAGAGAAAAGCAGAGGAGGAAGAAGCCAAGAGAAAGGCAGAAGAAGAAGAAGCCAAGAGAAAAGCGGAAGAAGAGGAAGCCAGAAAGAAGGCAGAAGAAGAAGCCAAGAAAAAAGAGGAAGAGGAAGCAAGGAUAAAGGCAGAGGAAGAAGAAGCCAGAAGAAAGCAAGAAGAAGAAGAAGAGGCAAAAAAGAAAGCAGAGGAGAGUGAACCUGCAAAGGAGGAGGAUAUAGAAGAUAUAUGGGCUGGUGUAGAUGAGGACAUGCCUCGAAAAAAGGUAGUACCUGAAGUAGUAGCAGAUACUGCAGAAGAGGAGGCACAGCCUGCUGGUGAUCAGACAGAGAGCAAGCCAGCAGAAGAGGAGCAAGUAGACCAGGGUCCGGAACCCGUCGUGGAGGAGCCUACCUCGCCAGAGACCCCAGCUCCCACUGAGAAGCCAGAAAUAGAAGAAGUGCCAGCUUCAGAAGAAGAAUAGCAGAAUUAUUUCAAGAACUGAAAAUACAUCCCAUUUAAGACACUGACAGAGAUGUGUUACUUUUCUAAGUGUGUUUGGUUGUUGUUCUCUUUAUUGUAAGUUAAGAUUCUUCUCAGUGGUUUGCUGGAACUGGAUGUAGAGUGUACUCUUUCAGAGGUUUUUUGGGUGUCAUUCUGUCAAAGUGGCUGUUGCAUUUGUGUUGAAAGUGCCCAAAGCACAAAUAUUUUUUAAGUGUUGUGAGUUAUAGCUUUUUCCCACAUACAUAUCAUUCAUUCAGGUUCAACCUUUGUUGAGAAAUGCUAGCAUUUUCCCGUCUAUCACAAUGUCACAUCAUUUAUUUGUAAUUUUGCAUUUAAUUUUAUCACUGCUAAUUUGUUACUGCUGUAAGCUAUUCUCUAAAAAUCAUUGAGGUGAAAUGUAAUUUUCAGUAUGGUUGCUCUAUGUAGACAAUAAAAUGUGUAUUUAUGCAUUUUGGUAAUAAAUACAUUAUUUUGUCAGUAUAAAA